AUGGCGCAAAUCGACACUCUCGAUCUGGUGGUGCUUAUCCUACUCCUGGUGGGAAGCGUGGCUUACUUCACCAAAGGAACUUAUUGGGCUGUCCAGAAGGAUCCGUAUGCCGCCUCAUACGCUGCCGCGAACGGAGCCAAGGCUGGGAAGACGAGGAACAUCAUUGAGAAGAUGGACGAGACGGGCAAGAAUUGCGUGAUUUUCUACGGCUCGCAGACGGGUACCGCCGAGGAUUACGCUUCCCGCCUGGCCAAAGAAGGUUCUCAGCGAUUCGGCCUCAAAACCAUGGUGGCAGAUCUCGAAGAAUACGACUACGACACCCUUGACAAGUUCCCCGAUGAUAAAAUUGCCUUCUUCAUUCUUGCCACCUAUGGCGAGGGUGAACCGACCGAUAAUGCUGUGGAGUUCUUUCAGUUUUUCACUGGCGAGGACACCGCGUUUGAAAGCGGUGCAACUGUCGAGGACAAACCUCUCUCCAGUCUCAAAUAUGUCACCUUUGGUCUUGGAAACAACACCUACGAGCACUACAAUGCUAUGGUCCGCAAAAUUGACGAAGCUUUCACUAAGCUGGGCGCUCAGAGAAUCGGUGAUGCCGGUGAAGGUGAUGAUGGUGCCGGAACAAUGGAGGAGGAUUUCCUUGCCUGGAAAGAGCCCAUGUGGGUUGCUCUUACCCAGGAGAUGGGGUUGGAAGAACGCGAUGCCGUCUACGAACCCGUUUUCUCGGUUACUGAACAGGAAGACCUAACUCCUGAAGAUGCCUCUGUCUAUCUUGGUGAGCCUAAUCUCAACCAUUUGGAAAGUGGCGGUAAAGGUCCGUACUCUGCACACAAUCCGUUCAUUGCCCCGAUUGCCGAAUCUCGUGAACUUUUCACCGUCAAGGACCGAAACUGCUUGCAUAUGGAAAUCGAUGUUUCUGGCAGCGGACUGCAUUAUCAAACUGGUGACCACAUCGCUGUUUGGCCAACUAACGCAGGUAUUGAGGUCGACCGCUUCUUAAGGGUAUUUGGGCUCGAAGGAAAGCGCGAGACCGUAAUCAAGAUCAAAGGACUCGACGUCACCGCCAAAGUUCCUUUCCCGACUCCGACUACCUAUGAUGCCGCCGUUCGCUACUACAUGGAGAUCUGCUCCCCGGUGUCUCGUCAAUUCGUGAACACACUCGCGGCAUUUGCACCCGAUGAGAAGUCUAAGACCGAAUUGGUUCGCCUUGGUAACGAUAAAGACUACUUUCAUGAAAAGAUCAGCAACCAGUGCUUCAACAUUGCACAGGCCCUUGAAAGCGUCACCACCACACCUUUCUCGACUGUGCCAUUCUCAUGCCUGAUUGAAGGAAUCAACCGUGUUCAGCCUCGUUACUACUCGAUUUCGUCUUCUUCCGUCGUUCAAAAGGACAAGAUCAGCAUCACUGCCGUUGUCGAGUCUGUGCGCCUUCCCGGUGCCACUCACGUCGUUAAAGGUGUCACAACGAACUACCUGCUAGCUCUCAAACAGAAGCAGCACGGAGAUGCUAAUCCUGAUCCACAUGGCCUAACCUACUCCAUUACCGGUCCCCGAAACAAGUACGAUGGUAUCCACGUCCCAGUUCAUGUUCGCCAUUCGAAUUUCAAAUUACCAUCAGACCCUUCCAAGCCAGUUAUUAUGAUCGGUCCUGGUACUGGCGUUGCACCCUUCCGUGGCUUCGUUCAGGAGCGUGCUGCACUGGCCACUAGGGGAGAAAAAGUCGGAACAACCCUUCUCUUUUUCGGUUGCAGAAACCGCAAUGAGGAUUUCCUGUAUCAGGAUGAGUGGAAGACUUACCAGGAGCAACUUGGAGAUUCCUUCAAACUCUUUACCGCAUUUUCCCGUGAAGGACCAAAAAAGGUCUACGUGCAACACCAGCUGCGCGAGAAUGCCUCCCUGGUCAAUGAUCUUUUGCAACAAAAGGCCAAUUUCUAUGUGUGCGGUGAUGCAGCACACAUGGCCCGUGAAGUCAACACUGUACUUGGGCAGAUCAUUGCAGAGCAGCGUGGGAUAUCGUCUGAGAAAGCCGAAGACAUUGUCAAACACAUGAGGAGCAGUGGAACGUACCAAGAAGAUGUGUGGUCAUGA